AUGUCUGAUCAAGACAUUCAUCCAAAUAAAUUCAGUGAAUUGCGAAAUAUCUAUAAAUACCACAUCGAUUCAUAUAAUGCGCUGUAUCAAUUGAAAACGGAAAAUGAAGAAGAAAUAAACUCGAUUUACAAAAUGAUCAAGACAGAAUUGAUUGAUUCAAAGAAAUCUCUUCCAGAAAAUAUUAUCAAAGAUAUUUUAGAUAUCAUUCGAUAUAAUAACCGCUAUACAAAGUCAUACUUGAAACUUUCCAAACAUAUAUUUGAUGAUUAUAAUGUUUCGGAGGUCAAAAAUAUUAACUCUAUUGCAAACUACCUUUUUUAUAAAGAAUACGGAAUUAAAUUAGACAAAUCUGAUAAUUUCGAAAAAAUUAAAUCCGAAAUUAUCGAAAUUCAUACAGAAAAUACAAUUUACAGAGCAAUUAUGGAUAAUGACCUAGAAAAAUUCAUUGCUUUUACAGAAAGAGAUGACUAUGAUAAAGAUCAAAGACUUGAUAGCGAUUUAUAUCCACAUUCUUACAAUGGAUAUUCAUUACUUGAAUUAUGUUGUUACCACGGGGCUGUUGAUUGUUUCAAGUUAUUAAGAACGAAAUUUAGCUCAGAAAUCACAGUCAGAUGUCUAUAUCUUUCAUUUCUAGGAAGAAACAAAGAGAUAUUGAGUGAAUGUUUGAAAUAUCAAAAGCCAAGUCCAGAAUGCAUGAGAUAUGCAAUUAUUUCACACAACAUUGAUUUUGUAACAUUCUUGAUGAAUGAGUACAAUAUAGACAUGGAAAUAUUUUAUUGUGGAAUUUACAAUAAUCUUGAAUCAUUUUUAGUUUAUUUCGAUCAAACUAAUGAUGUUAAAAGAGUCUUUGUUUAUUCGGUAAUGUUCAAUAUUCCAUCACUUUGCGAAUAUUUCCUUUCACAUGGUGCAUAUAUCAACGAAAAAGUUAAAAACAUAUAUCCAGCUCUUCAUUUAGCAGCACAAUAUAAUUGUAAAGAAACAGCUGAAUUUCUUAUUUCACAUGGUGCAGAUAUCAACAAAAAAGAUAAUUAUGGGAGAACCGCUCUCUAUGUUGCAGCAGCUUAUAAUAGUAAGGAAACAGCCGAACUUCUUAUUUCGCAUGGUGCAGAUAUCAACGAAAAAGAUGAAAUUAGAAGAACACCUCUUCAUCAAGCAGCACAAUAUAAUAGUAAGGAAACAGCCGAACUUCUUAUUUCCCAUGAUGCAGAUAUCAACGAAAAAGAUAAAUACGGAUAUACACCUCUUCAUCAAGCAGCACAAUAUAAUAGUAAGGAAACAGCCGAACUUCUUAUUUCGCAUGGCGCAGAUAUCAACGAAAAAGAUAAUGAUGACAAAACCGCUCUCCAUUAUGCAACAGAACAUAAUAAAAAAGAAACAGCUGAACUUCUUAUUUCACAUGGCGCAAAUAUUAAUUAA